CGAAAAUAAGUCGGCGGCAGAUCUCGGAUCGCCGCAUUCCCCACGCACCACCUCACACGACCAUAGCCUGAUUAGCACACCCGCGACGCUAAACGCCUCAAUCGGGCAAAAUCACCUGCCCAUCCAAUUCCAGUCAUACCUCGAAAUUCGAUAUACAAAAAGGAGCCCGUCGAAUUGCCCGAUUCUGUCUUGUCCACCAACCAUCAACAGACAGACCGAGGCAUUUUGGACACUUCAUACUUUUAAUUCUGUUUCUUUGCAGAAGAGAUACAAUACAAUGCCUUCAAUUCACAACCACGUCUUCAACCACGUCGCAAUCUCAGUCGCAGACUGCGACGCAGCGUGCGAGUGGUACGGCAAGGUCUUUGGCUUCAAGAGAAUCCGCAACGACCGCAUGACGGACCGCAGCGCGGACCCAGCACAACCAAUCUUCCGCAUCUACCCAUCAUCUCUCCAAAAAGUAAAAAUUGCCUGGCUCGGCUGCGGCAACAGCGUGGGCUUCGAAGUCUUCGAAUUCAUCGACCCGCCGCACGAGCCGAAGCCAGAUUUUGAGUAUAGCAAAGCGGGGUUUUUCCAUAUUGCGGUGACGAGUCCGGAUCCGGAGGAGACGCUGAAGAGGGCGGUGGCAGAGGGCGGCAAGCAAGUGGGCGAGGCGGUGGCUAUGGGACCGACGGAGAAGGCGCUGUAUUUGAUGGAUCCGUGGGGGAAUGUGGUUGAGGUGUUGAGUUGUAGUUUUGAGAGUUUGUUGGCGAAUACGGGAUAGCAUUGAUACCAGCGGCGGGGCUGCAUUAGCAUAUAGCAUGAAUCUCCUGGUUUGGAGAGGAUAAAUUCGGCAUCGCAUAUGACCACA